AUAAAUAAAAAUAGAAUAGAAAGAGUAUAUCCUUGAUUAGAUGCCAUAGCAUGUGCAGUUUAAAAGCCCACAACCUUUCUCACAUCUUUGCAUUCACCUCUCUUUCCAUUCUUCACUGCAAUACUGUUUGAAGAGAAACAGCCAUGGCUAGAGAACAGUUAGCAGUGCUGAAUGCACUCGAUGCAGCCAAGACUCAGUGGUAUCAUUUCACCGCCAUUGUUAUCGCAGGGAUGGGAUUUUUCACCGAUGCUUACGAUCUCUUUUGUAUCUCAUUGGUCACCAAAUUACUCGGUCGUAUAUAUUACCAUGUCGACGGUGCACCCAAGCCCGGUUCCCUACCUCCCAACGUUGCUGCCGCUGUCAACGGUGUUGCUUUAGUCGGCACAUUAGUUGGCCAACUGUUUUUCGGGUGGCUCGGCGACAAAAUGGGCCGGAAAAAAGUCUAUGGUCUCACUUUGAUCCUCAUGGUUGUUUCCUCUCUUGCCUCUGGCUUGUCAUUUGGAAGCAGUGCUAAAGGUGUUAUAGCUACCCUUUGUUUCUUCCGGUUUUGGCUCGGUUUCGGCAUUGGUGGUGACUACCCUCUUUCGGCUACGAUUAUGUCCGAAUACGCCAACAAAAAAACUCGCGGAGCGUUUAUCGCGGCGGUGUUCGCAAUGCAAGGGUUCGGGAUUUUAGGUGGUGGUAUUGUGGGACUUAUUGUGUCUGCUGCAUUUGACCAUGCAUACAAGGCACCUGCUUAUUCAGUGGAUGCGGUAGCCUCGACUGUGCCACAGGCUGACUAUGUUUGGCGCAUAAUUUUGAUGUUCGGUGCAAUCCCGGCUGCUCUUACUUACUAUUGGAGAAUGAAGAUGCCGGAAACCGCUCGCUUUACUGCCCUUGUUGCAAAGAAAGCAAAACAGGCUGCGGCGGACAUGUCGAAAGUGUUGAAUAUGGAUCUCGAAGCCGAGGAAGAUAAGGUCAUAAAGAUAGCGACAGAUCGAACAAAUUCCUUCGGCUUGUUCUCCAGGGAAUUCUUGAAACGCCACGGACUUCAUUUGCUGGGAACUACAACCACUUGGUUCUUAUUAGACAUUGCAUUUUACAGCCAAAACCUAUUCCAAAAGGACAUCUUCUCCGCCAUUGGAUGGAUUCCUAAGGCUGCAAGCAUGAAUGCGAUCCACGAAGUGUACAAGAUCGCCAGAGCUCAAACAUUGAUCGCUCUAUGCAGUACGGUUCCGGGGUAUUGGUUCACGGUGGCAUUGAUCGAUAUCAUGGGAAGAUUUGCGAUUCAAUUGAUGGGAUUUUUCUUCAUGACCAUCUUCAUGUUUGCUCUUGCAAUUCCAUACCAUCAUUGGACAUUGGAACCUAAUAGAAUUGGGUUUGUGAUCAUGUAUUCGCUCACCUUCUUUUUUGCCAAUUUUGGACCCAAUGCUACAACAUUUGUUGUGCCAGCUGAGAUCUUCCCCGCAAGAUUGCGAUCAACGUGUCACGGAAUAUCGGCUGCCGCCGGGAAAGCCGGGGCCAUCGUCGGGGCAUUUGGAUUCUUAUAUGCGGCUCAAAGCACUGAUCCGGCCAAGACCGAUGCUGGCUACCCACCAGGCAUCGGUGUCCGAUACUCACUUAUCAUGCUCGGGGUCAUCAAUUUCUUUGGAAUGCUAUUCACUCUACUGGUGCCAGAAUCAAAGGGCAAAUCACUUGAGGAACUAACAGGUGAAAAUGGAGAUGAAAAUGAUGAAAAACAGAUUCAAAUGGAUCCUUCAAGGACUGUUCCCAUCUGAUUUUCACCACUAAUUUGAAGUUCUUAUCAAGUUUCAUAUUGUUUCCUAGUUACUUUUGUAUCUUUUUCUUGUUGGUUUUAUGUUCAACUAUAUGUAUAUUGUGUGUAUGUUUGCUUUCACUCGGGUCAUCGGAGUAUGUUGAUUUUCUUUUAAUUUUCAUAUAGUUGAAUGGUUCUUGGAAGAA